AUGGCCGGGGGCGGCGGCGCGGAGCGGCCCGGGGCCGGGGGGCUCCUGCCGGCCGCGCUGCGCCAGCACCGCCGCAGGGAGAGCCGCGAGCGGCUGUCGGUGUGCAGCAAGUUGUGCUACGCCGUCGGCGGGGCUCCGUACCAGAUCACCGGCUGCGCCCUCGGCUUCUUCCUCCAGAUCUACCUCCUGGACGUGGCGCAGGUGGACGCUUUCUAUGCCUCCAUCAUCCUGUUCGCGGGACGAGCGUGGGAUGCCAUCACGGACCCCAUGGUGGGAUUCUUCAUCAGCAAAACCUCCUGGACCCGCUUCGGCCGCCUGAUGCCCUGGAUCAUGUUCUCCACCCCUUUCGCCAUCAUCUCCUACUUCCUCAUCUGGUUUGUGCCAGACAUCUCCACAGGACAAGUGAUGUGGUACCUUGUCUUCUACUGUGCCUUCCAGACCCUCGUGACGUGCUUCCAUGUGCCUUACUCAGCACUGACCAUGUUCAUCAGCAGGGAGCAGAGCGAGCGGGACUCUGCCACUGCCUACCGAAUGACUGUGGAGGUGCUGGGCACCGUGCUGGGCACUGCCAUCCAGGGCCAGAUCGUUGGCAAAGUGGACACUCCCUGCGUUGGGAGCCCUUUCUUCUUCGGCUUGACCAACUCCUCGGUGGCCAUGGAGGAGCUGAACAUGACCCACGACACCGGGUCUCUCACAGACACUAGGAACGCCUACAUGAUCGCUGCGGGGGUCAUCGGGGGGCUCUACAUCCUCUGUGCCCUCAUCCUGCUGCUGGGCGUGAAGGAGAGGAGAGAGGCCUCUGAGCUGCAGUCGGACGAGCCUGUCUCCUUCUUCCAGGGGCUGAAGCUGGUGAUGAACCACGGGCCCUACAUCAAGCUCAUCGCCGGCUUCCUCUUCACCUCGCUGGCCUUCAUGCUGCUGGAGGGAAACUUUGCCCUCUUCUGCACCUACACCCUGGGCUUCCGCAACGAGUUCCAGAACAUUCUCCUGGCCAUCAUGCUCUCGGCCACCUUGACCAUUCCCUUCUGGCAGUGGUUCCUGACCCGUUUUGGGAAGAAGACAGCUGUCUACGUGGGCAUUUCAUCUGCCAUCCCCUUCCUCAUCGCCGUGGUUGUCCUGGACAGUAACCUCUUUGUCACCUAUGUGGUGGCCGUCGCCGCCGGCAUCAGCGUGGCAGCCGCCUUCCUCCUGCCCUGGUCCAUGCUGCCAGAUGUCAUCGAUGACUUCAAGCUGCAGCACCCCAGCUCCCAUGGCCACGAGGCCAUCUUCUUCUCCUUCUAUGUCUUCUUCACCAAGUUCACUGCUGGGGUCUCCCUGGGCAUCUCCACGCUCAGCCUGGACUUCGCAGGGUACCAGACCCGGGGCUGCUCCCAGCCUGGCCAGGUGAACUUCACCCUGAAGAUGUUGGUGUCUGCUGUGCCCGUGGGGCUGAUCCUGCUGAGCCUGCUGCUCUUCAAGCUGUAUCCCAUCGACGAGGAGAAGCGGAGCAAAAACAAGAAAGCCCUGCAGGAUUUAAGGGAGGAGAGCAACAGCAGCUCGGAGUCGGACAACACAGAACUGGCCAGCAUCGUGUGAGCCGGGCUGGGUCUGGCUGCUCACCCUGGGGCUCGCCAGGGGCUCGUCCCCUCCGGGCUGGCCCAGCCUGGUGCCACUGCAGGUGCUGGAGGAGCCGUGUGGAGCAUCCACGGCCUCGAACUCGGGGUCUGUGCCCGUCCCGUGCCCUGCACGGGGCCCACAGAGCGCUGGUAGUGUACAUUACACACAUGGUGCUGCCCCACCAGGGACAAGCAUCUCCCUGCCGGGCUCUGGAGGGCAGGGAAGGCCGGCCUGGCAUGGUUUUGCCUGGAUCAGCUGUGCCCAGUGCCCUGCCUGGGGGUAAUGGUUAGUGUACAUUACACUGUCAGUGUGCCCGCGCCCAGGACGUGAGCUCACCUCUGCUGUUUCUACAGAGGGCACUAAUGUGGGACCUGUGCUUAUUUUACAGAGCCUAAUUAACUUAAUGAUGUAAAUAUAGAGCAGUUUCCUGUUUGUAUAUAUCUGUACAGAGCCCAAACCCGAGGACCUGAUAAUAUUAAUUUACAUAAAAGUGGGGGAAGUCGGCA